AGAUGCAGAAGUAGAUGAAAAAAAAAAAGAUGCAAAACCCAGAGCCAAGCGCUGAUCCCUGGCCUCGCUGCUCAACGGCCCGGACCGGACCGGCGAGGGCGUCGCCAUCGAUGGUGACUCUUCCAGCAAUCAGCAACCAGCAAUCAGCAAUCGUCGAUCUUGCCGGCGUCGGCCUUUGCCGGGUCUUUGUCCUGGCCUUUCCGGCGUCCGCGCGGGAGGCUUGGCCGAGGCAAGGCCGUCCCCACGCAGCCCGCUUGUUGCGUCGCGGUUUGAACUCCCGCCCCCUCCCGAGCCACACGGCCAAAGCGAUCCCAAACUCACCUCCCUCUGGCCCCGCAAGGCUCCUAUAUAGAUCCCCGUCUCGUCCCUCGCCCGCUCUGCUCCCGCUCGGUCUGAAUCCAUUCGGCAUCCGCCUCUGCUGUCUCCCGAGCAAUCCCUGUCCCAGUUCCCUCGCUCCCCAUCCUCGCCUGUCCACCCUCGCUGCACAAUGAUGACCUCGUCGCAAGUCGAGAUUGCCAAGCCAGAGAUUUCGUCGCCGGCACUCAGCACCAUCAAGCCUUCCAAGUCCCUGAUAUCGGUGCUGCCGGUGGAAAUCGGGUCUGCCGUCGCCUCGGCCGCCCUGAUCACGCCGUUCAUCUCCAUCAUCGACAAAGCCAUCUUCGAGAAUGCAUCGGGGCGUAUGAAGCUGGCCCCGGCAGUCGUGUCGGGACUGCGACUGCUGGUCACCAAGCCCUUGACCUUUGCCCGACAGCCCAGUUGCUAUCUCAUCUGGGGUCUCUACGUGGCCACAUACACUGUCGCCAACACCAUCCAGGCCACCUGCGAGUCUGCCAACAUUGACUGGUUCUAUCCCAAGUUUGUUGGCACCUCGUUCGCCAACGUCACCCUCUCCGUCCUGAAGGAUCUGUACUUUACCCGAGCCUUUGGCAAGGGCAGCAUCAAGCCGGUUCCGCUGCGGUCCUACGGCAUGUACACCAUCCGUGACACGAUGACUGUCUUUGCCGGCUUCAACUUGCCGACGUUGAUGGCGGAAACGCUCUCGACCAACUUCCCCAUCGAGCGGCGCCAUGCCGAUGUGAUCUCGCAGCUGGUUGCCCCGUGCGCCGUCCAGGCACUUUCAUGCCCGCUGCACCUCUACGGCAUGGACUACUACAACCGCCCAGGCAACCUGGGCUUUGAUCAGCGGUGGGCCUUCAUCAAGAGGGAGUACUUUGGCACAACCCUCGCCCGCAUGGGUCGCAUCCUCCCGGCGUACGGCAUCGGCGGCGUCGCCAACAAAUUCUUCCGGGCCAAGGGAUACGAGAUGCUGGGUUGAAACCCCUUCCUGGGCUCUGUGGCUCUCGAACGCUCCUGGAUCGCUCCUUCGGACAAAUGUACAUAUUCCAGCAUAUGGCCGCGUGCGCACGCUGGCCAUGCAUUCCAUGGCGAUAGAGGCCAUGGCCACAAUCGAUGAUGACGGACUCUUUUUUCUUUCAUUUUCAGCAGCAGCUGCUGCAUUCACAAUAUAUUGCCGACGGUUGGCCGGCCUGUGCAUACCUGA